AUGCAUCCGAAUCCCCAUUCUAAUCCCGCCGCCGAGGACAAGACCUCGGUGGCUAAGCUCCGAAGACGCCAUCGCAAGUCCCGCAAUGGUUGCUUGGAGUGUAAGAGGCGGCACAUCAAAUGCGAUGAAAAGCGCCCUGUUUGCGGCAACUGUACCGUUAGUGAGAGGAGUUGUUCAUUCCCUCCUUCAGCCGCACCGGGAUCUACUUCCGCUCAGCCUGAACCAUCUAUAUCUGCUGCCACUCCAUCCUUCAAUGAGGCUUUGACCAGUACGAGUAAUAGCGGUAGUCGGCUGCAGAGUCCUGUUGACAGUGUCUCGAGUACAGGGGCUUUACAUCCUCCCUCGUCAAUACCGCCCCCAUCGUAUCUUGGAUAUGGCCUAAACGCCACUGAACGGGCCCCUUCGACGAUAUUGCCUUCUUUCACAGAAUCUUUUGCCACGGAUUUUGCUGAGUCACCUAUAUCAACACCGCAACCAGAUAGUACCCAAGGUUCUUCUGCUUUUCCUCGGCUCGUCUUCAACAACAAGCAUCUUAUCCUUCUACAUCACUUCCGCAAGGCAGCACUUCUCGGCGCUGAUAGUAUAGACACUAUUCUCGAUAUUGCUCUUGAAUGGUCCUCACAAGCUCCUUACGCAUUGGACCAGGUACUCGCCCUAUCAGCAGACCAUCUGGCUGUGCUUCAUCCCGAAAAUGCAGCUUCAUAUCGCCGGAUGGCCACGGAGCUUCAAACACGUGCCCUCACAUAUUUCAACAAGGAUGCUCAAGAGCUAGCUAGCCAUGACACAUACUACAUCCCCCGGUUCCUCUUCUCCUCUCUACUAAGCUUGCAUAUGCUGUACGACACACUCACUCAAUAUCGCUCCUCCUUCCACAUCUUUAUAGAGAGGUUCUGCGAGUCGGUUUACCUACAUCGUGGCGUUCGGUCUACAACCUCGGACCGUUACAACGACCUCCUUGAAACCCCCUUGGCAAAGUUCUUUCUUGAAGUCAGAGACGCAGCAGACGGUUACAAGGGAGACGAGUGCACUCCAUUGAUAGACCUCAUCCAGCACUCUGAUCUAAGCCCUACGACAGUGGAAGCAUGCAAUAAUGCUGCCCACACAUUGCAAUGGGCUUACAACGUAUAUCGUAACCUACCGUCAAGUAGGAAUGUGCAAGCAGUGUCAGCAUUUCCUGUCGUCUUGCACGAAGACUUUGUGGAAGCUAUUCGCAAACAUCGACCGGAGGCAUUAUUGGUAUUGGCAUACUACGGCGUCUUACUCCAUCGAUGCCGCCACGUAUGGAUAGUUGGAGAUUCGGGUGCAUUUUUGAUACAUCUCAUUGCUGGCCAUCUUGGGAGUUACUGGCAAGAAGCUCUGCGGUGGCCGCUACAGGAGUUGGAGAACAAUCAAGUGUGA